AAACAAACGGCCUUUUGGCUUUUCUAUCAUCACACCUCCCAAACUCCUCCGCAAAUAUUCCUAUAUAAAUCUCCCAAAUUACGAAAAAACAAAUAAUAAUAAUAAUAAUACAAUAUUUUCAUGCAAAAAUGAGCACCAUCACAAGCACGAGCGAGGCCUCCCUCCCCCAACCCGCCUCCAAACACAAUUACGAGCAGCCAAACAGGUCACUAAUCUUCGACGCGACGGUGUUGAAACACCAGUCCAACAUCCCUCCCCAAUUCAUAUGGCCCGAUUCCGACCGGCCUAACCCUAAUCCGCUGGAGCUCGACGUCCCGCUCAUCGACCUCCGCGGCUUCCUCUCCGGCGACCCCUCCGCCUCAGCGCGGGCGUCGCGGCUCGUCGGCGAGGCCUGCCGGAAGCACGGAUUCUUCCUCGUCGUCAACCACGGCGUGGAUGCGGAUCUCAUCGACGACGCGCACCAUUACAUGGAUCGCUUCUUCGAGCAGCCUCUUCACGAGAAGCAAAGAGCUCUGCGGAAACAGGGCGAGCAUUGCGGCUACGCCAGUAGCUUCACUGGUAGAUUCUCGUCCAAGCUUCCAUGGAAGGAAACUCUUUCCUUCCAAUAUUCACCAGAGAAAGCUUCGUCUCAUAUUGUCGAACACUACUUCUGCACCAAAUUGGGGGAAGAUUUCGCACACUUAGGGAGAAUAUACCAGGACUACUGCAGUGCAAUGAGCAAUCUGUCUCUAGGAAUCAUGGAGCUUUUGGGGAUGAGUUUAGGAGUGAGAAGGAGCCAUUUCAGAAAGUUUUUCGAAGAAAAUGAGUCUAUAAUGAGACUGAACUAUUAUCCGCCAUGCCAAAGGCCAGACCAGACCUUAGGCACGGGGCCACAUUGCGAUCCGACAUCACUGACCAUCCUUCACCAAGACACAGUCGCCGGCCUGCAAGUCCUGGUGGAUGAUCAAUGGCGAUCCAUACGCCCUAACUCCAAGGCCUUUGUAGUCAACAUAGGGGACACUUUCAUGGCGCUUUCAAAUGGGAGAUAUAAAAGCUGUUUGCACAGAGCGGUGGUGAACAGUGAGAGUCCACGGAAAUCUCUGGCUUUCUUCCUGUGCCCGAAGAAGGAGAAGGUGGUGGCGCCGCCGCAUGAGUUGGUGGACGACGAUAAUCCGAGAAUGUACCCUGACUUCCAGUGGCCGGCGCUGCUUGAGUUUACGCAGAAGCAUUACAGGGCUGAUAUGAAUACGCUGCAGUCUUUCUCGGACUGGAUAAUAUCGGAUUCCGCCGGGAAUAAUUAAUCCACUUUUUCUUUGUUUUGUCGUCUUGUCUCCACAACAAAAAUAGAGAUGCAAGAAUUUGGAUUAGUUACUUUUGUAGUUUUGGAGAGCUUUGUAAUUUCACAUAUGAAUAUGAUGAUAUGUAUAUUUACAUCUAUCUACCAGGCACAGGCAGGAAUCUCCUCAAAAUUGAGAACUAAAUUCGUCUUUUCCAUGCAACAUACAGUUAGAGAUAGAUUCCGGUUCACAUUUUUUCACCUUUUAGUCAAACUUCUUAAUGAAAUUC